AUGGACAUUGGUGGAGGUGGAGAUAGAAAGGAAACGAUAGAUUCAAAUUAUUAUUUAACAGGAAAAAAAAUUGAACAUAAACGAAAAAGCACUGCCUCGGUUGAAAAUGAUGAAUUCACUCUAGCUCAGCUUGUAAAAGAUUGUAAAGAAAAGUCUUGUCACGUUGUGCCAGACAUGGAUUCAAGACAAGAAAUUUCCAACAAAAGUACAAGCUGCCAGUCCGAUAUGAUCUCAAAAGAUAAUGACAGUGCUGAAGCUCACAGGUCUGACUCUAUUGAGAGGAAAGCGUUAGAGAUGUUGGAUCAGUAUAAUGAGGAGAAUAUUCGAGAAAGUGACAAUGCUUUUCUGAAAUCAGCAAAAAACAAUUUCAAGUCUAAACCAAAGGGAGAACUUAAUGUGGCCACAGAGUUAAAUUUCCUUCUAUUGGAAUCAUUAAGGGGGAACAAUCAUGCUGCUAAAUUUGAUGAACUUGUCAGAAAGCACAAGGAGUUUUGUGAGAACUUUGUAAGUAAAGGUUGUGAAGUUCCAGAGAUGUCCGACAUGAGGGGGCUGUUAGAGAUACAAGAGUUUAAAGAGACUGUGGACUGGCAGGAUGUGUGUGAUGAUAAUAAUUUCAAGUUGGAGAAGAUCCAUUUACAAAUUAAUGAAAAGUUGCUGGCUGUACAAAUUGAG